AUGAUUGGAAACAAUGGGAUUAAGGACAACAGGGCAGAAGUCAUUGAGGGCCAUUGCAGCAAGUUAUGGUACUGGUACAAUGAUGGCUGUUUUAAAGCCGGGAGAGACAAUGGCCUAGGCCAAGGAGAGGUUAAAUAUGUCGGUGAAGACCUCAGACAGCUGUUCGGCACAGGCUAUAGAUGCCAUCAGGGCCAGCAGCUGUUUCUGCAUUUAUCUACUCAGAGUGAAGCACAUACCACAGGUGAAAAGUGUGAGUGGUUUGAAUGCAUCUCUUCUUUUGCAGUGUCUGAGCUGAGGUUCAUUCUUUUGGGGAAAAGUGUCUCAGACACCAGCAGUGUGGGAAACCUCCUCCUGGGCAGAUCUGUGUUGGAGACUAAAGAUCCUCUACAUUCAGUACUUCAGUGUGAGAGAGUCAGAGGACAUGUGAAGGGAAGAUACAUCACCAUCAUCAACGCACCUCAUCUGUUUGACCAAACCUUCUCACAUCAUCAGCUCACACUGUGUAUUAAAGAGUGUGUGUCUCUAUCGGCUCCUGGACCUCAUGUCAUAAUGCUCAUUGUAGAGCCAGAAAACUUCAGUGAAACAGACAAAAGACGAGCAGAUCAUAUUCUCUUAUCUCUGUCUGAGGAGGCCCAUAAAUACACCAUGGUGAUAACUACAAAGAACAUAGAAAUAGGCAGCAGUGUUGAUCCAGUGGAGGAGAAUGUCAUACAGAAGAUCAUUGUUGAACGUAAUUACAGACAUUUAAACUUCAGUGGAUGCACCCAGGCCGAUCUUGUGGAGAAGAUGGAAGAGAUGGUCAAGGAGAAUAAAGGAAGUCUUUUCUGUGACAUUUAUGAAGAUGCUGAGACUGCAAUAGGCCAACAUGAGUCUGAGCAAAUCAUAGAGCAACCAGAACAUGAAGUAACUGAAACUCUAGAAGAGCACAUUCAAACAAACAGGAAUGUCUGUUCCAACACACAAAAAAAUCCACAUUUAAAGAACUUAAAGUUAGUAAAGAAGCAACACAGUGGUAAGUACUGA